AUGUUCCGAGCCGCUUCGGCCAAUGACGAUGUCCGAAUUCCUGGGCUGGGAUGCCGAAAACGCCGACUCCCUCUGAGCGGAGCGCAUCUUCCGGCGCGGUGCCAGGAGACCUACGGCUUCCACUUCCCCAAGUCUUCCUCUCACCCCUCUUUGGUGCUUCUCGUCGUGGCUGUCCUUGGAUGGCCUACCUCUUAUCUUGGAAUUGAUGCUUCCCCACGUCUAAUGGAGCUGUUACUGUAA